GUCCAUAGGUGGAGCUGUGGGGGACAAAGAGAGGGACCACACAGCUGCAAGUUCCUCAAGCUCAGUUAACUCUCUGAAGAGACUCGCACCACACGACACGAUGCUGCUCUAGAAAGCACGUUUCCCACAUCUCUGCGAUCUUUUAAGGCGUGACCGCAGAUGAAAGCCAUCGGAUGAUGAUCUGCGUGGAUCUGGAGGACAGUGAAUGAAGUAUAGACGGGAGGAGGCGUAAGAAAGACACGAGAGCAACAUCGUGCUUUUCUUCGCGUAUAACGUUUCACGGGAUUUUGUUACAUUGUUGGAAACACAUUGCGUAUCAGAGGAUCCGGAUUUAUUCAGAGCUUUGUUGUUUUAUAGACAUGAAGAAGAACAAUUCGGCAAAGCGGGGCCCUCAGGACGCCAAUCAACAGCAUGCGCAGCCUGAAAAAACUGGGUGGAUUCGCAAGUUUUGUGGCAGAGGGAUUUUCAGGGAAAUUUGGAAAAACAGAUAUGUUGUAUUGAAAGGAGACCAACUGUACAUUUCUGAAAAAGAGGUUAAAGAUGAGAAGAAAAUCCAGGAGGUGGUGGACCUCACAGACUAUGAGAAGUCUGAGGAACUUCGCAAGGCCAAGAGCAGAAGCAAAAAAAACCACAGCAAGUUUACCCUCCUGCGGUGCCGGCAACCAGGAAACACGGUCCCAAAUCUAGUGUUUCUGGCUGUCAGUCCGGAAGAGAAGGAAUCAUGGAUCAGUGCUUUAAAUGGAGCGAUCACCAGGUCCAAGAAUCGCAUUUUGGAUGAGGUGACGGUAGAAGAGGAAAGCUUGUUGGCACAUCCGACGCGUGACAGAGCUAAGAUCCCCCACACUCGCCGCCUGCCCACCCGUGGACACCUCAUGGCUGUGGCUUCCACCACCAACUCGGAUGGUAUGUUGACCCUUGACCUCAUACAGGAAGAAGACGUCUCCACACCCGAUGGUUGCGAAAACAACCUCGACAAAGCCGACUCGAAGCGAACCCCAGAUUCCCAAUGCUCCAAAAUGGACACUUCAAAGCUCUCGAUCAGUAAGGAGACCCCUGGAAAAUCCCAGAGUCUGCCCCGUAAGAAUGAGAUCUCUUGGGACUGGUCUGAAAACCAGGCACAGACGCCGCAGCUUCAAAAGAAAAAGUCAGAGAAAAAUCGCUGCGCUUCCAUGGACGAGAUCCUCACCCAUUCCGAGACGCGGGCCAUCCCCCACUGCUCGACUUCGGCACCCGUGCAGCCCGUCAGCCAGCUGCAGGACUUAAUCACCCAGAAGCUCGAGAGAACCCAAGAGCUGCUGACUGAAGUACGGGCGCAGGGUAAGGGGAAGUGCUCGCCGAGUGGAAAAAGCUCAAGCCCAGAGGGUCAGCGGUUAGAGGCGGAGCGACUGCUGGAGGAGGCGGCCUCCACCUGGGGACAGGCACGGGACGUGCUGGAGGAAGUGAAGGAACUUAGAGCUCUCUACAAGCAGCUUGACUCCGCCUCUCCGACCUCACUUAGUCCAUCGCAGAAUGGAAAACUAAACGGCCCUCAACAGACAAAUAACAGGAAAAGCAUGAUGUGAGGACAUGGAUCUACGAACGCAUACAGUAAAACUGAACGUUCUCAACUCAAAGCAUCUUUUUUUACUAGACUCUUCCUCUUUUGUUAUUGCUGGAAUUAACUAUAAUGAUUAACAUGAGCUAUACUGUAUAUAUAAAUGUAUGUAUGUAUGCAUCGUUAAAGAGCAAAUCUAGUUUCUUCCACUCCCUAAAUAUCAGCUUCAUUCAAAACAGAAACAAAAGAGGCCUGGUGGUUAUCCAAACACAAGCUGUUGCGUUGUUCCCCGCGCUAUCAGUUUUCACAGGGACACUCACAGCGUGGAGUCACCGCGAGAGGCCCGUCAGGGUAAAACAGGGUGAGAAACACCAGACGGUGAUGAUGCUGUUCAAGCCAGUGUCAUCUCCACCAGCCUAUCACAAUGUGAAUGUUUCAACAUACACUGGAGGAGCUCCGAAAUGGGUGUAGACCCCUCAGGUCUGUUGUACUCACUGUACUGUACUAAUAAUAAUUUCCCAGCACACUUUCCAAAUCAUAAUAAGAUGCAAUCAGGGUGUAGCCGAAUGCGUUACGGCUAAUUCUCACGCGGUCCGGCAGAGCUCUGCGUCCCAUCCGAUGGACUCUAACUAAAGCCAUUUGUACUUGUAUGAACGUGAAUACAUGUGACGUCUGGUGCCAGUGUUGCUGUGGAUGGUGAUGGGAGACACAGCUGCCAUUGAUGAGACAUGCAGUAGUGGCUGGGAGCAUCUAGCUGCAAGGAAACGAUUAAUAAUAAUUACACAUUUGCACUAUGGAGGAUGCUGUAAAACGAGAGUGACGCUGGCAAGCUAUCUUUUCAAACCUAAGAGGCAGAACAGACAAUCUACUGUAUGCAGAGGAAAUAUGGGUUGUGUAGCUCCAAGUCUUUACACCUAAGUGGUAUUUUCUUAUAAACCAUUUCAAAUACAAAACCUGCCUUAGUGUAUUUUCAAAGGGCACAUGCAUAUUGCAUUUCAGACUCUCUGCUUGUGUUUCGAUUACAAGUUGCCUGCGCCUCAAGAAACGUCAGCAGAGAUGCUUUAUAGCAAGAGUUUAUUUUGCUUGCGCUUUGCUUUUGUAGAAUUCGUGUCUUUGGGGAACUAUGCAAGAUUGCAUGGGUGAAUCUCACGAAAUUACAUGUGUUAGAUUUCACAUAAAAGAAAGAAAUUAUAUUUUGCUUUAAAAAAUGAAACUUGCUUUUGGGGUAGCAAGAUUUUAAGAUAAUGUGAAUGGAUCGUUAUGCAUUAAAAAAAAAAACAUUUUUUUGGGGGGGGUGCACAAAAUAAAUGUUUAAAAAAGCCUUCCACUUUUUUGAAUAUAUGCUCAUUUUCCAGCUCCCCUAGAGUUAAGCAUUUGCCUAAAAAUAGUCCCCUGCUAUUGAAAGUUACCAAGGGGACUAUUUUCGGGUGCUGCGUAAUAUCAUUGUGCCUGCUGCAGCCAUGGUACGGCAGCAAAGUCCUUGAUUAUUACACCAGAAUGAGAGUAUAGUUCCUAGCCAUAUCGGCCUUGAAAAUCACAACUUUUAAUUUUCCGUCGGUCUUAGUACACGAUGUAACUACAGAAGAGUCAAGUUUUAAAUAGGAAAAAAUAUCAAAAAUCUUUGGUUAUUUUUUAGCGCGAUGCUAAUGGUCUAAUCAGAUUCAAUGGAUUAUGCUAAGCUAUGCUAAAAGUGCUAACGCCAGACCUGGAGAUCAGCUGAAUGGAUUCCAAAACAGUAAAAAUCAAAUGUUUAACUCUAGGGGAGCUGGAAAAUUAGCAUAUUUUCAAAACAAGUGGAGUGUCUUCAAAUAUUGCUUAAAGGUGCAGUGUGUCGAUUUUAGUGGCACCUAGCAAGAUGGGUGCAAAUUGCAACCACUUGCUAAGUUCACCACUUACCCCUCCCUUUUGGAACAAAUAGAAAAAGAUACGGUAGCCACCCCAGGACAUACAUGUCGUAAUCAGAGAUGCACUCUGUAGAGCAGUUUGUCUGUUUUGGGCUACUGUAGAAACAGGGGCGCAAAACGGUGACUUCCAUGUAAGGGAACCCGCGAUGUAUAUAGUUAAAAAUGGCUCAUUCUAAUUCUAAUAAAAACAAAACGUUUCAUUAUGUAUAUUAUUUAGCAUUUUUGUCAACGAUCCAUCUAAAAUUUACACACUGCACCUUUAAGUAGUAUGCAAAGUAAGUUUUUAAUACAAAGUACAAUUUUUCUUGGAGGUGAAAUGUGACCCAUCUUCAUGAGAUUCACCUGCACAUGGAAAUAUAACCUACGUGUAUUAGGAUUUACUGGCAGUUUGCAGUAUGGUAUACAGUUUUAACAACCAAAGGGUAUGUCUUGCCAGUAUACCACACUUUGUUUUACAGUUAGUAGCUUAAAUAAUGUGUUUGCACAAUGAAAUGGGUACAGGUCAACCUGUUCUGUCAUUGAGACUUGAUUAUAAACAGUGUUAUAUUUUUUGUACGUUAUUGUAAAGUGCUUUUUUGUAGAGAAAGACUUGGAGGAAAGUUUUGCUUUUAAAAUGUUCGACUCAGUAACCACUACCCCGAAAAAGACAACCUUGUCAUGUAAAAAUGACGGAAUCAUGGAAAUUUCAUUUCCAAAAGCAACAAAGCACAACGCCUACGACAUAGCCUCCUUAUAGCUUUUUUUAAGAAAUACAGGUAAAUGAUUCACAAUGAUAUUUUCAGAGUCGCCACACAGAUGCCAAAGGUUUUCUGUAUCUCAUACACUCCAAUGUUGUGUGAUCAUUUCAUGCUUAAUCAGAUGAAUUGGUUUGUUUUGUCAGCUGACUGUAUCAUGAUUUGAUAUUUUUACGGAGAUGAAUGUAAUUACCUGACCAUCUGUCAGGUGCUGGCAUUCAUCGUUCAGACUGACCGUGAUCAGCAGGGUUCAUAUUAGAUCAAAACCAAUCCCACAGGUCCUAUCAUGCAGGACACCCAGCAUUUUUGAUUUAGUCUUUUACGACUAUGUUUACUCUGUGUUGACAUCAGAAACCAUGUGACCGCUUAAAGCUGAUGUUUGUUUCAUGCUGUUUGAACUAUUUAUGUACGCCAUAUGUUUGUUCACCUGUUGUUGCUAUUCUUCUGCACUUCUGCAGACCUUUGAUAAAAUGUGAAUCUAUAACAA